AUGUUGUUUUCCUCGUCUUGUGGCUUGGAUAAACUAACAGGAGACAAUGAGGGUGAAGGCGGUGAAAAAACUGAGUCCGGUGAAGAUCCAGAGGUGGUUGCUGCACGGUUGGAACAAGAAGAACGUCGUAAGGAAAAACAUCGAAAAAUGGAACAAGAACGAGAGAAGAUGCGUCAGGAUAUUCGUGCGAAGUAUAACAUAACGAAAAAAGAGGACGGUGUUCCAUUCGAUAUGACCGAAGGACGGAUCGGCUCUGCGCGAAAGAAAACACCUGAAGAACUGGCCAAAGAAAUGAAUGCUGAAGAUGAUGGUAUCAUCGGACAACUUGGUCUCACUGAACAAGUGGACAAGGCUAAAACUUUAGUUACGGGAGCGUUUGAAACGGUGAAAGGUUUUCUACCGUUUGGAAAGUGA